AUGGCUGACAAAUCCGGACAACAAAAGAUUACUCUCAUUCCAUGGGACCCUGAGUCGCAAGAGCACGUCGACAGACUCUAUAUACAGCGCGUAGCCUGUGGAUGGAAGGCCGACAAGGUUGAGAAGUGGCGCAUUCGCCAGAGGGACGGGUCGAUGUCUCUCCAUUGGGUUGUCCUCGACCCUUCCGAUCCACAAACGGCCGAUCGGAUUUCCAAACAUAUCACCAACCAUCCAGACGAGGACACUCCACUUCAAGACUCAGCUGUAGCCGUCGGCGGCCGCCCUCGAGAUUCAUCCUCCUCGCGUUCGCUAGAACCUUUCGUGCCCGUAGGCCAUAUCAGUGUUGACACUGUGGCCUCCACCCCGGAGCCAACUCCCCUCUUAGCCGAUCCAGAAAACCAUCGCUUCCACCUGUCAGCCUUUUACAUCUCCAAGGCCAUCCAGGGCGGAGGCCUCGGCAAUACAACGAUGAAGACGGCUGAGCACAUGGCUACGACCGUUCUCGGCGCCAAAGUCAUCACGCUCGACACGUGGGACCGGAGGCUUAUCAUAGGCUCGAAGAAGGAGUGGCGAGAGAAGUUUGAUUAUUACUCGACGGGUCUAAUUAUGAAAUUUGACUCCCAAGGCUGGUAUCAGAGGCUCGGGUAUAAGGUUAUCAAGGAGAUUGAAGAGUUCAAUUCAACCAGUGGUUAUUGUCUGAAGAGACCGGACGGACAGGCUUGGUGCAUCCCGAGCGUGUAUAUGGAGAAGGCGGUAGAAUAG